AGCCAUGAAGCCCCCAGGAGGAGAAUCAAGCAAUCUUUUUGGAACUCCAGAAGAAGGUAUUCCUUCAAGCAAGCCUAAUAGGAUGGCAUCUAAUAUUUUUGGACCAACUGAAGAACCUAAAAACAUACCCAAGAGGACAAAUCCUCCAGGAGGCAAAGGAAGUGGUAUCUUUGAUGAAUCGACUCCUGUGCAGACUCGACAACGUCUAAACCCACCUGGUGGGAAGACUAGUGACAUAUUUGGGUCCCCAGUCACUGCCACUGCACCCCUGGCACACCCAAACAAGCCCAAGGAUCAUGUUUUGCUCUGUGAAGGUGAAGACUCUAAAUCUGACCUGAACGCUACAACAAACUCCACACCCAAAGGAGAACAGAGCGAGAAGGGAAGCUCAAAAGAAGCAGACCAUGCCAAAAUACCAGAGCCUACACCUACAGUUGACAGUCAUGAGCCCAGACUGGGGCCACGACCUCGUUCCCACAACAAGGUCCUGAACCCACCAGGAGGCAAAUCCAGCAUCUCCUUCUAUUGAGAGGCUCCUGCUCUACCUGUAAUCAGACCAGACACUCAGAGAUAGGGUGUUGAAUGUUAGUGCUUCUUUUAACCCAAACAAGUCGGGGUGGGAGAGGGUUUGUCAUGCGUAUGGGGUUGGCUGCUCAUGGGCCUUGUUGCCAUUGGAAGAGUGGCAGAGAGAGAGGACUGUGCCUUCCAGACUGCCAAGAUACACAUCUGUGGGGAUAAAAUGGGGCGUUCUUAUGCCUCCUCUCUAGUUGUUCUGUGUAGAACAAUAAGGUUCUGGGGAGGGCAGAAGAGACAGUUCCCAUUAGCAAAAGGAUCACUAGGGUCUAUCUUACUCUGUAUCAGCAAUCUGCUGGCUGUUGGACAUCUAAGAAUGGCUUGAUCAGGGGAAGAAAAAAAAAAAAAAAAAAAACCAGUCUACCUAUCCCUCACUGGUAUGGAGGAGAAACACAUAAACGGAACUCUUAAGACAGAGUGAAGUCUACAUAGCCUCUCCUUUCAGGGAAUGCUUAUCACCAAAAUGUUCCCACCUCUAAGAUUACCUCUGAACCCUAGUGUCUCCUCCCCUUUUCCCCCCCUCAGUACAUCACCCUAUAGUGUUGGAACAUGACUGUUCUUUCUGGUAGCAGUCAACAGAAAGUCAAACAGUUAUUGUAAGUCUUGUCCUGAGUGGAACGUUUUAUAUCCUGAUCCUCUGAAUUGUGCCCUUCCUGCACCUAAAACUGUGGCCAGGUCUAGGUAGCAGCCUGUCUUCCCCUAUGGUUGGCUUGGUUCCUGCCAUGCCAGAAUUGCAUAUGGGUUUUGUUUCUCUCAUCAGCCUUAAAUCUGGGCCUUAGUUCCUCACCCGUGAGGGGGCUCUUGCUAUCCAUGGUUCUUCUAUACAUAAGGUCUCGGGCCUCUGCAGGGCAUAAAACACUGCUCUGAUAUGUCCAGGUAUUGGGUGAAUUCUUGGUUUCCCAUCUUGCUUUGUUCCUGUAGUUGGGAGGAAGACCUGCUGAAGGAUACUGGGAUGGACUGGUUUCUUUACCAAUCUACAGAGGUUUCUUAGGAAUACCCAUGGGCUGUGCUUCUAACACCUAGAGAAACGUCACUGUGGUCCACCAAAGCAAAGAAGCUGCUUCUGACUUCUCAACCUCGCUCACAAACAGUGCUCCUUGGGCCUGGGUAUUAAGUGUUUUGGUAAUAAAGUCACAACUGUCAUCUGACAGCAGAGAUAGUGGGCUCCACAGUCAUGCUGCUGCUACGUGUCCCUCCUGGUCAGCCCUCAAGGGCUGCAUGCAGCCAUGGUUUCUUCUUUCCCCCUUCCGGUGGGCGUCUGUGUAAAGGGCUAAGUGGUGCUACUUUUGUUUCUAGUGCCUACAGAGCUUCAUAGCAGAUGCCAGAAAUGUCCUCAUUAAAUUUUGGAAAGCGACCUUUUUGAAGUCACACUUAUAUUGACCUAGAUGUUUAAGUGCCUGCAGGAGCCACCUGCCAAAUUCUGCUUCCUACACCUGGUUCAUUGAGGGGUCUGACCAUGGCUUUGUCAACCAAAGAGUUUUUCCCCUUCAGGUGCCCUGUAUCCUGAAGCUAAGAAACAUGUACUACAUGUGUGUGAUUCUGUAACAAUUGAAAUGGGUUGUGGUUUAGUCAUGAGGAUGUCAUUUGAAAUUCAGAGCAUUUUUUCCAUUUUAAGAAAAUGUCAUAAAUGUUUGCUUUAUUUAGCCCAGACACUAAUGUCUUUAACUUAUAAGGAAAUAACACAAUGAUAGAAAUAAACCUCUGUUGUAACUGCUUUCUUAAGUAGAAAAUGAUUUGUGAAUUCUAAAUUGGAUUGUCAAGAAGGAAUCUGACUUGAUCACUGCGCAGGCCCUGAGGUUAGCCCACUGAGGAAAGCUGCAGCCCCACUUGCUGGCCUGGGUAGCUGGGAGGGAACUGGGCCUGAGACAGCUCCCCUAUCUUUCUGUUUUUCUCUGAAGCUGGGCUUAGAGCAUGGGCAUUCUGCCUCCUGGAAGGAGUUGCUACCCAGCUAAACCCAAUGGUAUACAGAUGUUAUACAGUUAUCACUUGCAUUAAGCCUUAAAACUCUUUUUAAGUGCAUUUGGUGCCAACAUUUUUCUAGCACUGUGUCAGCAAGAAACCUGUCCUUACAUCACAAUGUAAUUUUGAUAGUAAUGUUUUGUUAUUUUUAUGAGGCAGAAAUGGGUAUAAUGGUUGAAUUAAACUUAGUAACCACAUA